GGCGCGGCGCGGUCGCCGCGGAGAUGCCCUUGUGAGGCGGCCCGGGGGGCAGCGGCGGCAGGAGAGCGCUGCCUCGGAGCGGCCCCGCGGCGGGGCGGAGGAACGCGCCCCUCCUCCGGGCACCAUUAAGAGGAAGGCGAUGGAGGAGCUGAGCGCGGACGAGAUCCGCCGGAGGCGCCUGGCGCGGCUGGCGGGAGGCUCCUCGUCCCAGCCCACCACCCCGCUGACGUCCCCGCAGAGGGAGACCCCGCCGGGGCCGCCGGGCGCAGCCCCAGCGCCGGGGCCCUCGCACAGCCUGGGCCUCAACGUGCACAGCAUGACCCCAGCUACCUCUCCCAUCGGGGCAUCAGGAGUAGCCCACCGAAGCCAGAGCAGCGAAGGAGUGAGUUCCCUCAGCAGUUCUCCAUCAAACAGCCUUGAAACCCAAUCUCAGUCCCUCUCUCGGUCUCAGAGCAUGGACAUUGAUAGUGUCUCCUGUGAGAAAAGUAUGUCCCAGGUGGAUGUGGAUUCAGGAAUCGAGAACAUGGAGGUUGAUGAGAACGACCGCAGAGAGAAGCGGAGUCUGACGGACAAGGAACCUCUGUCGGGGUCAGAAGUGUCAGAGGAACAAGCUCUACAGCUGGUCUGUAAGAUCUUCAGAGUCUCUUGGAAGGACAGAGACAGAGAUGUCAUUUUCCUGAAUUCACUCUCUGCCCAGUUCAAGCAGAACCCAAAGGAAGUGUUUUCAGAUUUUAAGGACUUGAUCGGGCAGAUUUUGAUGGAAGUGCUGAUGAUGUCCACCCAGGCGAGGGACGAGAACCCCUUUGCCAGCCUGACAGCCACCUCCCAGCCCAUUGCUGCAGCUGCCCGCUCUCCUGACAGAAGCCUGAUCUUAAAUAUGGGCUCCAACCCUGGAAGCAGCCCCAUGUUCUGUAAUGUGGGCUCCUUUGGUUCCAGCUCGUUGUCCAGUCUCUAUGGGACUAGUCCAGCUCCUCCUACCACUUUCACAAGCUAUGUACCAAUGACUGGUUCAUCUCUUACCCCACCAGCCAGUUCAGUUGCCACCCCAGCAGUGGCUCCCGUUGCUGCCAGCUCUCAGCUGUCAGCAGCCAGCCCCUGGUGGACGCAGCCUUCCUCUCCGCGGUACCGCCCCUACACCGUGGCCCAUCCCGGGGGCUCUGCCGCUGCCACCCCGCGCUCCUUGAGCAUUUCCAUCCCUGCUAGCUCUCCAGCCAUGGCUGCUGGCCCUGCAGCCGUGCCAGCCAUCACAUCCAGACACAGGCCCACAGCCACGGGCCCACCUUUGUUUACUGCCUCAGCCGGUGCCCUGCGCAGGCGUGCUUCCUUCCAGAGCAGGAUUCCUCCUAGUUUAUACGACAACCCUUUCUCCCUCCUCCUUCUUGCUGUUUCUGAUGUGUCUGAGGACAGUAGUGAUGAAGAAAAUGAAGACGAUGAUUUUUCUUGUGUCCAGUUUGGGUCCAGUGUGGGAGGCUCUGGCAGCUCGAGUGUUUCCGAUUCCUGCAGUGACCACUUCACCAUUGAAAAUUGUAAGGAGACAGAGAUGCUGAACUACCUCAUUGAGUGUUUUGACAGGGUUGGAAUAGAGGAGAGAAAAGCACCAAAGAUGUGUAGCCAGCCAACAGUUAGCCAGUUACUGAGCAACAUCAGAUCCCAGUGCAUUUCACACGCUGCUUUGGUGCUACAGGGAUCCUUAACACAACCAAGGUCAUUGCAGCAGCAGUCUCUGCUGGUACCAUACAUGCUGUGUAGGAAUCUCCCAUUUGGCUUCAUUCAAGAAUUGGUGAGAACAACUUACCAGGAUGAAGAGGUGUUCAAGCAGAUCUUUAUUCCCAUCUUACAAGGCCUGGCUGUGGCUUCCAAAGAGAGCUCCCUCGACAGUGACAAUUUUAAAUAUCCCCUUAUGGCACUAUGCGAACUUUGUGAAAUCAAGUUUGGGAAAACACACCCCAUGUGCAGUCUGGUUGUCUCUUUGCCCUUGUGGUUGCCUCAAUCUUUAAGCCCAGGUGCAGGAAGAGAACUGCAAAGACUUUCCUACCUUGGAGCCUUCUUCAGUCUGUCUGUCUUUGCUGAAGAUGAUAACAAAGUAGUUGAAAAGUACUUCUCAGGGCCUGCCAUUACUCUUGAGAACACCCGGGUUGUUAGCCAGUCCUUGCAACAUUACCUGGAAUUAGCAAGGCAAGAGCUGUUCAAGAUCCUGCACAGCAUCCUGCUGAACGGGGACACGCGGGAGGCAGCUCUUGGCUACAUGGCAGCUGUGGUCAAUGCCAACAUGAAAAAGGCCCAGAUGCAGACAGACGAUCGCUUGGUGUCCACAGAUGGCUUCAUGCUCAACUUCCUCUGGGUGCUGCAGCAGCUGAGCACGAAGAUCAAGCUGGAAACGGUUGAUCCCAUGUACAUAUUCCAUCCCAGGUGUCGAAUCGAGCUUCCCACAGAUGAGACAAGAGUGAAGGCUACAAUGGAGGAGGUUGCAGCCUGGAUUGCUGAACUUUACAGGGAUCCGUCUCUGUUUUCUGAGCCGAAGUUCCCCACGGAAUGUUUCUUCCUCACGCUGCACGCCCACCACCUGUCCAUCCUGCCCAGCUGCCGCCGCUACAUCCGCCGCCUGCGGGCCAUCAGGGAGCUCAACAGGACUGUUGAAGAUUUGAAAAACAAUGAAAGUCAGUGGAAGGAUUCUCCUCUGGCCACCAGGCAUCGAGAGAUGCUGAAACGGUGCAAGACACAGCUCAAGAAACUGGUGAGGUGUAAGGCUUGUGCAGAUGCUGGUUUGCUGGAUGAAAACUUCCUCAGGAGAUGCCUGAAUUUCUAUGGCAUGGUGAUCCAGCUGAUGCUUCGCAUUCUUGACCCUGCCUAUCCCAACAUAAAAUUGCCUUUAACUCCUGAGGUUCCGAAAGUAUUUGCAUCAUUGCCAGAGUUCUAUGUGGAAGAUGUUGCUGAAUUUUUAUUUUUUAUUGUACAAUAUGCUCCUCAGGUGCUGUAUGAGCCCUGUACUCAGGACAUAGUGAUGUUCCUCGUUGUGAUGCUCUGCAACCAGAACUACAUCAGAAAUCCUUAUUUAGUAGCCAAGCUGGUGGAAGUGAUGUUCAUGACAAAUCCAGCUGUUCAGCCCCGGACACAGAAGUUCUUUGAAAUGAUUGAGAAUCACCCUCUCUCCACUAAAUUGUUAGUCCCCUCGUUGAUGAAGUUUUACACAGAUGUGGAGCACACCGGAGCCACUAGCGAGUUCUAUGACAAGUUUACAAUCCGCUACCACAUCAGCACCAUUUUCAAAAGCCUCUGGCAGAACAUAGCUCACCACGGUACCUUUAUGGAGGAGUUCAACUCCGGGAAGCAGUUUGUUCGCUACAUCAACAUGCUGAUAAAUGACACAACUUUCUUGCUGGACGAGAGUCUGGAGUCCCUAAAACGUAUCCAUGAAGUGCAAGAGGAGAUGAAGAAUAAAGAGCAAUGGGACCUGCUGCCCAGGGAUCAGCAGCAGGCCCGGCAGUCGCAGCUGGCUCAGGACGAGCGCGUGUCCCGCUCCUACCUUGCCCUGGCCACAGAAACUGUUGAUAUGUUCCAUAUCCUUACCAAGCAGGUCCAAAAGCCUUUUCUCAGACCUGAGCUUGGACCACGACUGGCUGCUAUGCUGAACUUUAACUUACAGCAACUGUGUGGCCCCAAGUGCCGUGACCUGAAAGUUGAAAACCCAGAGAAAUACGGGUUUGAACCAAAGAAGCUGUUGGACCAACUGACUGACAUUUACCUGCAGCUGGAUUGUGCUCGCUUUGCCAAGGCAAUUGCUGAUGAUCAGAGGUCCUACAGUAAAGAGCUCUUUGAGGAGGUUAUCUCCAAGAUGAGGAAGGCUGGAAUCAAGUCUACCAUAGCAAUAGAGAAAUUCAAACUGCUGGCAGAGAAAGUGGAGGAAAUUGUUGCCAAGAACGCCCGUGCAGAGAUUGAUUACAGCGAUGCUCCGGAUGAAUUCAGAGAUCCGCUGAUGGACACUCUGAUGACCGACCCCGUGAGGCUGCCCUCUGGAACCAUCAUGGACAGGUCCAUCAUCCUGAGGCACCUGCUCAACUCCUCCACUGACCCUUUCAACCGGCAGACGCUGACGGAGAACAUGCUGGAGCCAGUGCCAGAGCUUAAAGAGCAGAUCCAAGCCUGGAUGAGAGACAAGCAGAAUGACCAUUAAAUCCCCUUGCAGUGCACGCCACCCCCACGGGCAGAGCAGGGCGUGGGCUGCUCUGGCAGGAGGGCAGCAGGCACCCCUGGGAGCUGUGCAUGGAUUGGCACGCCCACGGCACUGACUUGCAGCAGUGCCCACAGGAGCAUGUGGAU